GCGUCGACACUUGUUUAUAGCAGAGAUAUUACACUGCUUAACUGAAACAGAUUCGCACCAAACAUCACGACAGGACAAAAAAAGCUACCUAGUAUUUGAGUAGUCCCGUCUCUGGCCACUAGAGGCCCCUGCCAUGUGCCCCGCUGGUUGCAAGGGGGAUUUAAAUUUCUCAAGCUGUCAAUCAAAAGGCAUAAUAACAAGCUCCUUGUUCUGAGCCUCGCAAUGGAACCUCGUGAAAUAACACUCUUUUAGUAAGUAACGCGGGACUAAAAACGGGUAUCAUGCGUGCUUUAUUUCGGUGGAAGCAACGUGCAGCGCGAGGAGGAGAACACACCGGAGAGAGAAGUUAGUUGGACAACAAAGUGCGCCCGUCGUCACCUCGAAUAACCCGAGCAGCGAGUCCCUUCAGCAGCCACCGAAAGUGACCGAACAAGGCAAAGUUGAAGAGUGACGUGUGACUCGGGACCCCGACACGGUCAGGCUGUGUCAACACGUCAACGCUGAUAUGGCCGGCGAACCUCGGCAGAUACUGAAGAUACUACUCAACUAUGUGCUCUCCUUCCACGAAAUAUUGACUCCAAACAUCGAAACUGUGAGGCAAAACGGAUUUGGUGUGUGGAACAACCACAUUCCAGAGGGGGGUAACUUGUGUGUAGCCGGUUUAGCGGGACGGAAAACACUCUCGGAGGUAAAGUCGGGUCAAUAGAUUUAAAGCCCCCGCUAGCAGGCUAAGUUAGCAGCCCGUGCUAACAGCAUCGUCGUCUUUCUUGAACAAACACCACGUAAUGGCGGUGUCUCGCUCGCCAGUUGACUGAAUGACACUUAAAGUCACGUACCUGCCAUGAAACCAGUCCUUACAGAUGUCGCAUUCGAUCAUAAACCGGCUCACAUCGUACGGCUGCCGGCAGACACAGUACAGCGGGGCCGCCGCCAUCUUCCUACUGUCCCCAAACAACGCAGGAACGAAGCGGGGCGGGGAUCUAGCGAGGCGUCCGGGAACAGCCGAAGAUCGUCGAGGAUGCACGACCGCGGCCCUCGCUUGUGACGACACAGAAACGGGUCCUCGUGGAGCGCUGCCGCAAAACUGACGCUAAAAUGUUGUUGGGUCCAAGGGACGUAUUUUGCUGUGUAACCUUGCGUAUUAUAUCCAUAGAAAUAAACCAAAUAAAUGUAGAUGAAACUUUGUAAAAUUAAGCUUAUAGCUUUUUCAGUUAAACAUUUGGUCAAAAGUUUGACCGAGACCCAUGAGGGGUGAGACCAAGACCGAGACCCAUGAGGGGUGAGACCAAGACAGAGACCCAUGAGGGGUGAGACCAAGACCGAGACCCAUGAGGGGUGAGCCCAAGACCGAGACCCAUGAGGGGUGAGACCAAGACCGAGACCCAUGAGGGGUGAGACCAAGACAGAGACCCAUGAGGGGUGAGACCAAGACCGAGACCCAUGAGGAGUGAGACCAAGACCGAGACCCAUGAGGGGUGAGACCAAGACCGAGGCCCAUGAGGGAGAGACCGAGACCCAUGAGGGGUGAGACCAAGACCGAGACCCAUGAGGGGUGAGACCAAGACCGAGACCCAUGAGGGGUGAGACCAAGACCGAGACCCAUGAGGGGUGAGACCAAGACAGAGACCCAUGAGGGGUGAGACCAAGACCGAGACCCAUGAGGAGUGAGACCAAGACAGAGACCCAUGAGGGGUGAGACCAAGACAGAGACCCCUGAGGGGUCUAAAUGUAGAUUAAACUUUGUAAGAUUAAGAUUAUAGCACUUUCAGUUAAAAAUAAAGUGAAUUCGCAGCAGGCCACACUUCAGUCACGUUGUCAUGUGGCCCUGCGGUGUAGGAACAUGCUGGUGAGACACCUCCCCUCCGGGGUGUCCCUCUGACUCGUGGGUCGGCUCCGACAGCACCCAUCACCUCCCGCGCGCGCCCAUCUGCGCUGCCUUGCGUGAUCAACAGCAGGCUUGCGGGGUUCAUCAUGAGCUGUCGGCUCCCACAUGUGUUCCCUGCUUACGCCGCCCACAUCCCCCGCCAGAGAGAACACCCCAUGGUUGAUCACCCCUCAGCCACAGAAGCCAUCGGAACAGAACAGCUGAAGUCGCUUGUUGGGGACAACGAUAGUUGAAUAUUUGCGGCAUGCAUGACCUUCGACCUCUUCACCCUGAAUGAGGGUGGAAAUGCGCACGCCCUGGUGCUGGUCCGACUACUUCAUGGAUGUGAGUACCUGGUUCAGAGGUCCAGCUCUCUUCUCUGGACUCAUAUCAGGGUACAUUUUGAAUCUUUGAUGUCUAGUUUUUGGCCUCUCUACCUGUUGCUGCUGUGACGUCAGAUUGCCCCACUGUGGGGCUACUGAAGGGCAUCUCAUCUAAAGUGAAUCAGGCGAUCAAAGCGGUUCUGAGUCGACGCGCUCGUCCGCAACAUCGGGAGGCUGACCUCUGUGUGAGGCUGACACCUGCUGGACGAAGGCUGCAGUGCAUCGUGAUCCCGAAAGCUGCGCGUUCGCGUGUGUGGCGGGCGAGCGCACUGAGCUUCGUGUGACGUCACGACUCACCAAAUAAGGAAGCAAGUCCGCCCCCUGCUAGCGACCAUGGCUGGUGCACUGAAGCCCAAAUAUCUCUGAAUAACCGGAGGAAACAGGGACGUUAGUUCAGCGAUGGAAGCCUGAGGUGGUUCACUGGCGCAGGCGGCGACGUCAUGAGGCGCGUGACCCGGAGAAAAGCGCUCAGCCUGGUGAAGGAGCUGGACGCCUUCCCCAAGGUGUCCGAGAGCUACGUGGAGACCUCUGCCGCGGGUGGAACAGUGUCUCUGCUGGCCUUUGCCGCCAUCGCCCUGCUGGCUCUCCUGGAGUUCUUCGUCUACACAGACACGUGGAUGAAGUACGAGUACGAGGUGGACAAGGAUUUCUCCAGUAAACUGAGGAUAAACAUCGACAUCACCGUCGCCAUGAAGUGCCAACAUGUCGGCGCCGAUAUCUUGGACCUGGCCGAGACGAUGAUCACGUCCAGUGGUCUGCAGUAUGAACCUGUGGUCUUUGAUCUGACGCCACAACAGAGGCUCUGGCAGAGGACCUUGCUGCUGAUCCAGAACAGGCUGAGAGAAGAACACGCGCUGCAGGAAGUCCUCUACAAGACGCUGCUGCAGGACGCACCUACGGCUCUGCCGCCUCGGGAUGACUCCGCGGGGGAGCCGCUGGACUCCUGCAGGAUCCACGGACACGUCUACAUCAACAAGGUGGCGGGGAACCUCCACAUCACCGUGGGAAAGCCCAUCCAUCACCCACAGGGCCACGCCCACAUCGCUGCCUUCGUCAGCCAUGACACGUACAACUUCUCCCACCGAAUUGACCAUUUGUCCUUCGGGGAGCUGCUUCCAGGCAUCAUCAACCCUCUGGACGGGACGGAGAAGAUCACCGUCCACAACAACCAGAUGUUCCAGUACUUCAUCACGGUGGUGCCCACCAGACUCCACACCUCCAAGCUCUCAGCAGACACUCACCAGUUCUCCGUGACCGAGCGAGAGCGCGUGAUCAACCACGCCGCCGGCAGCCACGGCGUCUCCGGCAUCUUCAUCAAGUACGACACCAGCUCCCUGAUGGUGACGGUCAGCGAGCAGCACAUGCCGCUCUGGCAGUUCCUGGUGAGGCUCUGCGGCAUCGUCGGGGGGAUCUUCUCCACCACAGGGAUGCUUCACGGGCUGGUCGGCUUCUUCUUCGACGUCGUGUGUUGCCGCUUCAAGCUGGGAGUUUACAGGCCACGAGAGGAGGCGCCGCAGCAGAACCACAACCACCUGGAGACGCCUCUGCUGGCUGACGUGGGGCCUCCAGAGUAGAUCCAGGAGCCACGGAGCGCUGCAACAUGAGCUGAUGGCUAGUGACGUCUUUACUGUGUUUGUUUGGUUCCUGCACACAGAAAAACAAAACACUGAACCUGCUGUGUGUUUUUAAAUAAACGUGAGUCUGUACUUCCCACAGCAGCCACCAGGCGUCCUGUUAAGCAGCCUGAUGCCACGUGAUCCGUCAGAGACUCGGGUGGAGCUGAGGAGACCAGAACACAUGCACACAUGCUUGCAUCUCUAUCUGUAUGAGGACAGCUCAUAGCCAUCACCCUUUCCCCAGCCUCUCCCUCUAAACCUGACCAUCCAAAACACCUGAACCAGGACUCUGAACCAAACUGGAACCAUUUCUAAUAAGCUACUUUUACUGAGGUUUUAACCCUCUACACCUUGUGAGGACAUUUUGGCCUGUCCUCACAAGGUUUAGAGGGUUAAGGUGGCUUGUCAACACCCCUGUCCCCUCCACAUGUUUGUU